AUGAAGACCUCAAGAGCAAUCGUCGGCGCCGCACUGCUUGGCCUCGCCAGCGCAAGUUGCUCGACAGGUCAAUCGGCGACCCUCGGCACGUCCACUACUUCGGCACCGACCACGGCUCCAACAGGGACCAAGUACCUGAUCACAUUCGGCGAUUCCUACUCCCAGACAGGCUUCAACAUCAACUCGACCAAGCCCUCCGCCGCCAACCCCAUCGGCAACCCCCCGCUGCCGGGCUGGACCGCCAGCGGCGGCCUGAACUGGGUCGGCUUCCUGGCCUCGAGGCUCAACACGAGCCUGCUCCUGGCCUACAACUUUGCCUACGGCGGCGCCACCACAUCGGCCGACCUCGUGAAGCCCUACGAGCCGACGGUCCUGAGCUUCGUGGACCAGGUCAGGGAGUUCAGCGCCAGCGUCGCCGCGAAGCCCGACUACGCCCCCUGGACGGCCGACGACGCGCUCUUCGGCGUGUGGAUCGGCGUCAACGACGUCGGCAACACCUUUUGGCUCGGCAACGUCAGCGAGACCAACCUCAAGAUCAUGGACGUCUACUUUGCGCAGCUGCAGACCCUGUACGACGCCGGGGCGAGGCGGUUCGCCAUCCUCAGUGUCCCACCCAUCGAAAAGACCCCCGCCCAGCUCGCCCAGGGCUCCGACUGGAGCACCGAGACCGAAGCGCGCGUCAUCGGCGAGUACAACGCCCUGCUCGCGGCGCGUCUCGCCAGCUUCACGCAGGCCAACGCGGGGAUCAUCGACGCCAAGAUCGUCGACACGCAGGCGCCGUUCAACGCGGCGCUGGCCGACCCGGCAAAGUACGGUGCGCCCAACGCCACGUGCUACAACGCCGACGGCGUGUCGUGUCUGUGGUUCAACGACUAUCACCCGGGCGUGAGGAUCAACGAGCUCGUUGCCGAGGCGGUGUUUGAGGAGUUUAAGGGGUCUUUCUUCUAG